AUGUAUUUUAAGGUUUUGUGCUGUUUGGUUGUGAUCGCCGCAACAUGGGCUCACGAGCACAAAGACGCAUACUCGUCAGUUCACAUAACGAAAUCAGAUGACCAUCCAGAGGUCAUUCGUCAUCGUCAUCAAGAUCAUCAUGUUGACCAUGAUGAUCAUAUCGAUUAUUACACCUACCCCAAGUUUCAAUAUGAAUACAAAGUGAAGGAUCCCUACACAGGAGAUAUUAAAUCUGAGCACGUGAUCCGAGAUGGUGAUCAUGUCAAAGGUCACUACAGCUUACACCAACCUGAUGGCCUUGAGAGAGUAGUUCAUUUCUACAGUGACGACAAAACUGGAUUCCACGCAGACGUGAAAUACAACACCCAUCAUCACGUGCCUGUAUAUAAACAUGAUCAUCACUGA